AUGCAGAAGUUGUAUGUCAUCGAAAAGAAUGACGGGAUUGACUAUCAGACACUGGUUAGUCUUGUUCACAAGUUUUCUUUGCAAACCCAAUUAGAUAAGACUGGAAUCGCAAAGGAAACUCUUCAUGAGCUUUGCAGUUUAGCGUCGACUGAAAGCGACCGAAAGUUAAUAAAAUUUGCUGUUUGUGAGGCAAGUAGAUAUUCAAACACAAAAGCUAAGGAGCAUCUUGGAAUACAGUAACUUGCAAGUUUGAAGAACAAUGUUCAAAGUGCUCUAGAACAAGCUACAGCCAUAAGAAGGGAGGUAACUGACCUUGCUACUGCUAGGGAAAUGUCAGUGUUACGGUGCCUUGGAUUGUAUGAUUGUAUGAGUGGAAGUGAGAGUGACUGUGAAAGUACAGCAUCAACAAAUCAGAACGAUUCUCAAAUUGAAUGGCUCAGUGAGGAUAGUGACGAUGAGUCAGACACAGCACCAGUGCAUAACCACGUGGACCCAGAUGAUGGUUUAAAUAAACAACCAAAAGACCUUCCUCCUACAAGUGAACAUUUGUUACUUAUGUUAUGA